UUGACGCCCGCUCAUGACGAUCAGACGCAGCGUCUGACGUCAUGUCGAACAGCAACAAUGGCGGCUCCCACAGAAAGCACGAGUGAAACGCCAACAAAUAAAAAACAGAAAAAGAGCAAAAACACAGAUGAGACUGAACUGCUGACAGUCCCAGACGGCUGGAAAGAGCCUAAAUUCACACGAGAGGACAAUCCCAAAGGUCUGCUGGAGGAGAGCAGUUUCGCCACGCUUUUCCCCAAAUACAGAGAGGCGUAUCUGAAAGAAUGCUGGCCGCUGGUGCAGAAAGCUCUCGGAGAUGUCUUCAUCAAUGCCACACUGGACCUGAUUGAAGGCAGUAUGACAGUGAACACAACAAAGAAAACAUUCGACCCCUAUGCCAUCCUCAGAGCGAGGGAUCUCAUCAAGUUACUGGCUAGAAGUGUGCCGUUUGAACAGGCUGUAAGGAUACUUGAAGACGAAAUGGCAUGUGACAUCAUUAAAAUUGGGACUCUUGUGCGAAACAGAGAGCGUUUUGUGAAGAGACGACAGAGACUGAUCGGCCCCAAGGGCUCCACGCUGAAGGCUCUCGAGCUUCUGACCAACUGUUACGUGAUGGUUCAGGGAAACACGGUUUGUGCUCUCGGCCCGUACAACGGCCUCAAAGAGGUACGGAAAGUGGUGUUGGACACAAUGAAGAAUAUCCACCCCAUUUACAACAUAAAGACGUUAAUGAUCAAGCGAGAGCUGGCGAACGACCCGGAGCUGCGCACUCAGAGCUGGGAGAGAUUCUUGCCCAACUUCCUCCAUAAGAGUCUGUCCAAACGCAAGCAGCCCAAGAAGAAGACGGCGAAGAAGGACUACACGCCGUUCCCCCCGUCGCAGCCCGAGAGCAAGGUUCUUUAGCCCAUUAUUUAUUUA